GAGUGCCAGUGGAAGAAGAAGGACUGCCCGCAGAAAAGAACGUACCUCGCGUUCGGUGACCACACGUCUCCUCUCUUUUCGAAUGCGUGCGCGUCGGUUGAGGAAAGGAAAGAAAGAGCUGCCGCGAAGGCAUCACAGGUGAUCGCAUGUCCACGCUUGUUUUCACUGGAUCGCUCAUCUAGAAGCCCCGUCAUCAACUCUGGUGCGACUCUGCGGCGUCGAACCAUUCGUCACGCGAGGAGACAUCGCUCUCAAGCGCGAGGUGAAGGCCUGAGAAUGGAACUGCGAAGCGUCACCUGACGAAAUCAUUCUCUCUCUGGGAUCGUGUCACGAGCAAUGAAGACGCUGCUUACUCUUCUGCUUCUCUUGUGGACAUCCGUGCUGAGCGGCGGCGGCACGUUUGCCUUUCACGUAGACUGUAACGUCACGCUUCCGUGGUCGUCCUGCGCAGGCCGGUGAUCACGAUGACGUCCCCGAAGAUCUAUUCGAGGAGCUCCUCCGCUGCCCCGCUGGACUCAACGGCUGCGCUUCGUCGCCCGUCGAGUGCGCGUUGAACCUUUUCGCCGUGACGUGCUCGUGCGCGUCCAACUGCGAGGCUUACGGCGACUGCUGUUGGGAGGCGGGUUCGGCUCUCGCUCGACCCAGCGCGGCGGAGUGCGUGACGCUAAACAUCAAGGGUCUGUACGACAAGGACAUCUACGUGGUGAAGGGAUGCAAUCGCGAGUGGCCUCGGGACCAGGUGCGAGACGCGUGUGAGAACGUGGACGCGUACAACGACACGUACUACGGCAUUCCCGUGACAAGUGCGCGAAACGUGACUUACAUGAACGCCUUCUGCGCGCUCUGCAAUUACGAUUUGGACGAGACGACCACGUUUUGGAACUCGACCGGAGCGAGCCACAGGUCGGUGACGCACGCCAUACCGAGUUCGGUCGAGAGAAACGGCGAGAAUUUGCUUAGGCCAUGCGCGCGCGGUGUAGAGAUCACCGAGUCGUGUCCCGAAGCUUCCUAUUUAGAAUACAAGCGUAGGUGCGCGACUUACUUCGCGCCGGUGAAGCGCAAAGGCAAUGAGUCCGACGUGGUGUACAAGAAUAUCUACUGCGCGCUCUGUCACGGUGUCGAAGCGUCGCAGCUGGAGUGCGCACCGUUAGAGGUGGUGCCGGAUCUACGAGACAGGCCUCGGCUGAGGUCUUUCCUAGGUCCAAACCUGGUGUCCCUCUUCAAACCGGUGGUCAGCAGUGAUUCUUGUUUCUCCUGGCAUGGUGACAAGUGUUACAUCAGAGCUCCCGACUACCGCUACGCCAACGUAACUACCGAGGACGAGACAAUGGGUCGCUUGAAGACCAACGCGACGACGGCGACGCACUGGCAGCAGUACGGCGUGCGUAACUAUCUUACCAUCAUCUGCCUAAGCCUCUCCCUCACCUGCCUCUUCCUGAAGAGUGUCGUGUACGUGUUCUACAGGCACUCUAGGACUUUCUCGUCCAAGUGCACCCUUUGUCUCUCGGUAACUUUGUUCUGGAGCCAGUUGAUUUUCCUUCUGGCGAACAGCUUCAAGGUCCCCGCUCCCUUCUGCGCAGUGCUGGCUCUUAUCCUGCACUACGGUUUUCUUUCCACGUUCUUCUGGACGAGCGUGCUGUCGUUCGACAUAUGGAAAAACGUCGCUGCUGUGGUACACCUACCGUCAGGACGCCACGGAUGCGGUUUCCAUGCUUACUGUCUCAUAGCUUGGGGUGCACCGUUGGUCAUCGCCGGCCUCUGUGCAGUUCUCAACUGGACGGUGCCACCCACUUUCCCGCUGUCUCCACGCUACGGCCGUUUCGGCUGCUGGAUCGGCACCGUAGGCGGGCAGGCAGUGUUCUUCCUGCUUCCCAUGAUGCUUCUGCUCCUCCUGGACUUGUGUCUUUACGCGCACAUCGUGAUUCAUAUACACAACACGUCGAGCCAGACCGCGGGCUUCGACUUCAAGGGCGGUGGACAGAGAUCUCACAUGGCUCUCUUCGUCAAGCUAGCGUUGAUCAUGGGCACCACGUGGGUUCUAGGAUUCGUCGGAGCUUUCGUGGAUGUCGUGGCCGUGGACAUCAUUGUGAUCGUUCUGGUAGGACUACAAGGCGUGUACUUGUUCUUCGGAUUCAGGGAUUACCGCCACUUCCUGCCUAAGCGCUUUUUCCGGAAGGAUCUGGAACGGACCACCAGCGGUUCCAGCGGAAACACGGUGCUGGCGGCCAGCGUCACGAGAGACCCUAACGGAAGUAUUCAUCAACUUCACCGGAAGCGCAGUUUUGACAUCAUCGAGAGGCCGAAGUGACCACAUUUUU